AUGUGGGGUACAGUGAUUAAAGACACCAACAUGGUCGCAAGAGCCAACCUGCAACUUGCCAUCAUAGCACAAAGCAUGCAGCGGUACUACUACUAUACCGCAGACAAUGUGGCUCAGCCUAGCAACUUCAUUGGAAACAAGGUCGCUGGUAUUCUGUUCGAGAACAAGAUUCAUCAUACGACGUUCUUCGACGCCAACAUCGAGGCAGUCCAGGGCAUCCACAUGAUUCCUAUUCUACCCCCAUCGAAUCUGGCACGGACAAACAAGUUUGUCAAGGAGGAGUGGGAUACCUACUUCAGCAACGGCCGAAUUGACCAGAUCGACAACGCAUGGAAGGGUAUUAUUUACGCCAACUAUGCGACUAUUGAGCCUAAGAAGGCGUGGGACUUUUUCGCGGCCAAGGACUUUGAUGCCAAGUGGAUCGAUGGCGGAGCAUUGAGGACAUGGUAUCUGGCGUAUGCUGGAGCGCUGGCUGGUGUUUAA